GAUUUUAGGGUAAGUUGGAUAAAAAAUCUCAAACUCAUUGGGUUUGGAUGAGGACAUACUUUCCUGAUGAUUAAUUUUGGUAGAGUUCUUCAUGACUUUAUUGAUUAUUGUUGUGUUUUUACUAUAAACAACAAACAAAAACCAAUUCGCAAACACAAACAAUCUCUCCGGAUGGCUUUCUUCACUUCACCGAUUCCCCAUUUCUUCAAGAUCAUUCUCCACCACACUCUCAUCGAAAGAAAGCUUGAUCUUCCAAGCAAGUUUGUUAUCAACAAUCGCGCUUCUUUGCUACACAACAACGCCACUCUCAGCCUUCCGGACGGCGCAAACUGGGAGGUCGAACUCAAGAAAUCGGAUGGCAAAGUAUCGUUCGCAAGAGGCUGGCCGGAAUUCGUGCAGUUUUACAAUGUGAAAGCUGGAUAUUUCGUGGUUUUCAGAUUGGAAGGAAAUCGGUGCUUCAAUGUUCUCAUUUUCGACUUGAGUGCUACGGAAAUCGAUUAUCCGAUCAAGCCGAGGAUCUUCCGCCGGCUACGUAAGGACCACAACAGAGCCUUCGAUCGCCGCCCGCCGAUUCUGCUUCCGAAGAGCGAGAACGAAGAUGAUGAGGACAACUCUGUUGUUGUGUUAAACGACGCCGUUUCGAGGAAGAGGAAACGAGAAAAAGAUCACGAAGCUGCUUUUUGUUCCCUACGCGAGAUGAAGAAGAUGAUGAGGACGAACAUGAAGAUAAAGCAUCAACGAUUCACUACACCUCAACGAUUCAGCGAUGAUGAAGAAGAAGACGAAGACGAAGAAGAAGAAGAAGAAGACGAAGAAGACGAAGAAGACGAAGAAGACGAAGAAGAAGAAGAUUACUCGUGGAGACAGAGAAAGUACAGAGGAUCAGCGCGUAAUCACGAAGACGGCGGCCGAUUCAGUCCAGAAUCGAUGAGACCUAUGCAUCCUCCAAGGACGCCGAAGCCAUUAACGGAGAAUCAAGAGCGAGUUCUGAGAAUAGCGAGUUCGUUCAAAUUGAGGACGAAGAAUCCUUCAUUCAUGGUAACGAUGAGGCCUUCCUACAUCCAAACAGGAAAUUACCUGAGUUUGCCGAGAAGCUUUGCGGAGAGGUACCUGCAAGAAUCGACGGACGUGAAGCUGGAAGUGGCGGACGGGAGGAUUUGGAGCGUGUGGUGCGGUGUACGGUGGGCGUUUACGAGGCGGCGGACGGAGUUGAAAUGCGGUUGGAAGAGAUUCGCUGUGGAUAAUCAGUUGAAGGAAGGGGACGUGUGUGUGUUCGAAUUGAUGAACAGAAUCCCCAAAGUGUUCUUCAAAGUCACUAUUUUCCGGCGACCGGCUAACUGAAUUCAUCAUUCUCCUGCUUUUUCUAUUUCUUUUUCUUCGCUCCCUUUCUGCUUCAACCCGUGACUGUUUAACCUUACCCUACGUACGUCACAGGCACAUAUAGACUUUCAGUUUAGCUAUAAAUGCUUUUUGUUA